AUGGACUUUGGUGGAUCUAAUGGUUGGCUUGAUCGUUUUAGAAAAAGGCACGGUAUUGUCUAUCGUAAAAUUUGUGGGGAAGCCGAUGCUGUAGAUGACAACAGUAUUAAAUCGUGGAAAGAGACAAUUCUACCAAAUUUGUUGAAAGAUUAUUCACCCGAGAAUAUAUACAAUGCUGAUGAGUUUGGCUUGUUCUUUAAAUUGAUGCCAGAUAAGUCACUUGUGAUGAAAGACGAAACAUGUCAUGGUGGUAAGUUAAGUAAGGACCGGUUAACUGUUUUAACUUGCUCAAAUUGGUCUGGAACUGACAAGCUAAAACUUUUGGUAAUAGCUCAAAACCGUGCGUGGAUGACUGGAAGUUUAUUCAUUGAAUGGGUUCAACAGCUCAACUGCGAUGCUACGAGCAAGCUUCAGCCUCUUGAUCAAGGUGUGAUCAAAGUUUUAAAACAGAAAUACCGUAAGAAAUUAGUUCAACGGUAUUUACUAGAAAUGGAAUCUGUGACCGAUGAAGAAAUCCCCAAAAUCCCCAAAAUCAAUGUUUUAGAUGCUAUUCAUUAUGUUUCAAUUGCGUGGGAUGAGAUAAAACCAGAAGUUAUUAAAAACUGUUUCAACAAAGCCUAUUUUGGUAACGUCUCACAAGAAGACCCUCACGUUUUGGACUCAGACGAAUUUCGGGACUUUGAGGAGGUUUAUCCAGGCUACACAUCCAUUGACGACCAAUUGAUAACGAACGAGGCACUAGAACUUGAAGAAAUUAUCAAUCAGGCUACAGUAAACGAUGAACCAGAUGAGCCAAGUGAUGAUGAGGAAGAAUACAUUCCACCACUUCCGUCAAUCGCUAGUACUGUACAAUCAAUAUCUACAUUGAGACAGGCACUUGCUGCAACUGAUGGCUCCGAAAACAUGCUUCUAUAUCUAGGUAGGGUGGAAAAUUUCUUAUUGAAUAAAUAUAAAAAUAAUGUAUUGAAACAACCAACCAUUACCACUUUUUUUAAUCCAAGAAAAUAA